ACAAAGCUUGCCGUCUGUAAAACAGCGUCUUUCCCUCUUCCCUCCUUCCCGAGCGGCAUCUCUCCCACGCUCCGGACCUCCCGAGGUACAGCGCUGCUGUGUCCUCGCGCGUGUGUGUGUGUGUUUGUGCGGAAGCAUUCUUGUGUGUAGAGACCGUUGUUGCUGUUGGUCUCGCUCUCUCUCUCUCUCUCUGCAGCUGAGGUGGGCGUGUGGAGCCCUGACCCUCUCGCCCACUCUCUCUCUCUCUCUCUCUCUCUCUCUCUCUCUCUCUCUCUCUCUCUCUCUCUCUCUCUCUCUCUCCCUCGCUGCUGCUGCUAGGGAGCUAUGGAUGGAUUUCGUUUGCCACCACUCAUCGAGGAAGCACUGGACUCUACAGAUGACCUGUGUGAGCUGAAGUCAGGCAGCAUGGAGGAAGACAACGAUGCGAUGACGGUGAAGGAGCGCGGACUGUUGGGGGAGAACGAAGAGAAGGAGGCCAUGGACCAGGAGAAGAAGCUCAAAGACGAGGAGGAGGAGGAGGAGGAGGAGCUGACCCAGGAGCAGGAGAUCGAGGAGCUGCGCUCCCAGGCGCUGCAGAUGUUGCUGGAGGUGGAGGAGGCCAGAGUCACCUCCAACCGACACCAGGAGAGCUUCCACGAACUGCAAGGUUUCCUGGAGGAUGAGCGUCUGGCCAGUGCCCACCAGGCUGAAGCUUUUACCCGCCAGAUCCAAAAUCUACAAGCCCGGCUGCGCUCGGUGCAGGAGGAGAUGGACAGCCUGGAGGAGGAGAAGGAGAGCGAGCUGUCCGAGGCGCAGGAGGAGCUGCGCGUGGCCCAGGAGGAGGUGGUGCUCCUGCAGCAGGCGGCGGAGGAGGCGGCGGCCGAGCGGGAGAACGACAUCGCCUCGCUGCAGGAGGAGCUCUGCCGGCUGCGGGCGCAGAUGGAGCGGCUGGGCGAGGAGACGCAGGAGUACGAGCUGGAGAUCACCACGCUGAGGGCCGAGAUCAGCAUGAAGAGCCAGCGCAGAGACGCAGAGCGCAGAGAGGGCGACGUGUUCCUGCUAAAGGAGGAGUGCUGCACGCUGAGGGAGGAAUGCCAGACGUUGAGGGCGGAGAACCGACAGAUCUCCGAGAGGCUGCAGCUGCUGCAUCGCCAGAGGACGAGCUCCAGCAGCAUCUACCUCUCACUGAAGGAGGAGGAUGCAGACGUGGAUGAGGAGGUGGAGGAGGAGGCGCCGACGGAGAAGGAGAAGGAAGGCGCCGAGCAGACGGAGACGGCCUCGGCGGCGUGCGCGGCGGAGAGCUACAUGACCGUGAUGGAGCAGCAGACGGCGGUGGGCUCCGGCGGCGGCGGCGGCGGCGGUGGCGGCGGCGGCCGAGGGGUGGACGCCUGCAUCCAGAAGAACAUCUCCUUCGACGGGAAGCCCGGCACGCCAACCGGCUGGAACGGGGGCUUCGGGGAGAUCUCCUCCCUGAGAGACCAGCUGAAGCAGGCGGAGGAGAGGGCGCAGCAGGUCCAGAGGGAGUGCGACGGUCUGAAGACGGAGCUGCGGGAGCUGCAGGUGCUCUAUGACAGCAGCCAGCAGGAGAAGGCGGAGCUAGAGGCGGAGCUUCAGCACUGCAAGGCGGAGCUGGAGAAACUGUCGCACGGAGCUCAGAGCUUCACCCACCCGUCUGAGCACCCUGUUCUCUCCGUCCCCUUCAUAGGACUGAUUGUAAUAGUGGCUGUGAUUUGGUGCUGGCUGUCGGAGCUGGCGUCCCAGAGGGCGAGGGGAGUGAGGUGAGUUUUGAACGCCAAUCUUGACGGCGGGGGCGGCGGGGCAGCGGCGGGGCAGCUGUGCUGAUGGCGACCGGACUGUGGAGAGCCACGCCCCGUGGUUAAACACAAGAGCAUCAGUCUGCUUCAGCCCCCCCCCC